AUGGAUGUUAGUGCAAUUGUAGAGGCCGAGGCAUCCAAAAAAAAAGCGGUUACAGUCGAAAAGGAUAUCCCCAUACAGAUUGACAUUGGGCUACUCAGCGCACUUGACACAAAUCCGAUUGACACAGAGGCAUACAACACUGACUUAGAAUCUCACCUACAAGCUGUAGCUCGGGAUGGUGCCCAAGUGAUACUCGGAGCACUAUUUGGACUCCCGACCCAGCCUUCAGACGACGGACCUAUAGCAACUCUGCCACCUCCAACGACAGCGCUUCCUCGUGCGAAACCACUUCCAAAACCCAAGCCUCCUACCAAAUGGGAGCGUUUCGCUGCUGCCAAGGGCAUCCAAAAAACGAAACGUGACCGCCGUGAGUGGGAUGAAGAGCGUCAGGAGUGGGUCAAUAGGUGGGGCUGGAAGGGCAAGAACAAGGACCAAGAAGAACAGUGGAUUCACGAGGUUCCCGAUAAUGCUCCUGACGACUACGAUCCUGCCGUGGAGGCACGCAAGGAGCGCAAGGCUCGUGUAGCUAAAAACGAGAAGCAAAGAGAGAGAAACUUGAACGUCGCUGCUGCCAGUGGUCAGCUUACCCGAACAUCAACUGCGAGCAUGGGCCGGUUUGACAAGAAAUUAGAAGGCGAUACAAAACUCAAAGGCGUCAAAAGACAGUACGCUCCCAACGAGGUUUCUGCCGAGUCUGAAAAGAAAUCUUCGAUGGAUAUCAUAAAACGACUUGACCGGGAGCCUCCGAAAUCCAAGCGAGUACGAACCGACGCUGAAGCUGAGGACAGCAGGCGCUCUGGUAAGGACGGUCUUGUUAAUGUUCGUAAGGCUAUUCGUCACGCGAGCAAGGGUAAUGGUGGUAUUGCACUAGCAAAAGGCCUAAAAAAGCAGAGUGGAACAACGAAAAGGAAGGCUGGGAAAGGAAAGUGA